CUCUUUUAAUAUUACCAGGCAUCAAACUCCAUGGACCAGCAAAGCAUCAGAGUAUUCUGGCCUAUCACUGGGGUCGAUAUGUCAGAGGGGAAAGUAGUCGGUUGGAGAUUGAGAGAUACUCUGUGUGUUGUGGGGAUCGUUCAAGAUCGGCUAUGGAACAAGGUCCUUGCCCAAAUUGGUGAGGAAGAAGAUUUGGUGGGGCUGGAGAGCAUCGGUCGGGCAGUAUUGGAUGCGACCAAGAACACCGAUGUCAAUGAGAAGCAGUAUAUUUUUUGGGUCAAUAAGGAGCGUAUACCGCUUUCAUGUUCGGUUCCCACAAUUCUUAUACUGUAUAAACCAUUGGAUUCCUCUCGCCUGCAGUACCUAACCCCAUCAUCCUCGUCUCCUGAUCUGCACGUAUCUGGGCAAGAUAGGCAUGAUCCUAGGUACCAGUUAACUAUUGGAGAUGAUCAACUAUCUGCCAUCGUCGACCUUAUUAAUAAGACAAGGCAUGUUCAACAGGUUCUUCGUUCGUUACAAAUGGAGAGCGCUGCAGAGGGAAAGAAAAAGAGAAGAAAGCAAGCAUCCUUGCCAUCUGCUCCUCGUUUCCUUUUCGCUCUCGACACUUGCGCACAGAUCACCAUCUUUCUCUUCUCCAUUUCUAUCCCCUGUUCAAGCUCCUUCCGCGCUAUUUCCACAUCGGCAGAUCAAUUGUGCACAAGGAUGGAGCAGUCAAUCAGAGGACCUAUUCGGUAUUUGACGACUCGAAACGAUGGGGGAAUCAAUGACAGGGCAGCGCGAUAUAAUGUGUUUUGGAAUACGGUUUGGCUCGUUGUAAACGACUUGGUCUUGGGAUAUGUAGCCCACAACCUCAUUCGUCGACAUUCCGAAUGGAUUUCCACCACCACGAGCACCUUCUUCUCGUCCUACGUAAUAGAUAUGCCCAUACAUGCUUUGAAGUGGUUGAACGACUGGCCUGUGGGGCUGAAACUCAAUACUCCACUCAGCCAAUUUUUUUGUUCGACGUUUACGUUCCUCAUCCAACGUUGGGGUGAUUGCGUCACACCCUCGCUCCAUUCACUUUUACCCCAGCUCAUGUACUUGUUAUCCAUUCUCUCCCUAACAGGUUUUACCACCCUCCUCGCAGCGUCACACGACAUACUCAACCUAUUAACGCUUCAUCUUCUCUUCGGGUAUAAUGUCAUGAGAGCCGUGUGUGUCUGGCAAAUUGACAGUUUGGGGGGCCUAUGGAAUCUUUUCCGUGGUAAACGAUGGAAUGUCUUACGGCGGCGGACGGAUUCAUACGAAUACGAUAUCGAUCAGCUCUUUCUCGGUACGCUCCUUUUCACAGUAUCAGCAUUCCUUUUCCCUACCGUCCUCAGCUACACAGCUCUCUUCUGCCUCACGAGAGGAAUGAUAUUCAUAAUAUGUCGCGUUUCGGAAGUGACCCGACAGGCGAUGAACAGGUUUCCCAUAUUUGAACUUAUAUUAUGGAUAAAGGAACCUUCAAGAGUGCCGGGGGGCUUGAACAUUACUGUGCAAACGGUACCCUUGGGUGACGAGGGGGAGAAAACUGAAGGUAGAUUCAUCAUGAGGAGAGCAUUGGUUUUGAAGAGUACACCCAAAGCACUCUCGGACAUUUUAUUCCACCAGUGAGAUUUUGAUUGCGGACGACAGGCCGGUACCAUCGCCACGUAUAUGCAUCAACCGUUUACCAAAGCCAUCUCUCUCCGAAAUGUACAAAUUUCCAUCUCAAACUCAAAACAGUCAGGCAACGAAAAACACCUCUAUCCGUCGCAAAGAGGAUUGCCAAGGGGGCGGCAGGUCGGUGACUUAGCAAGCGCAAGAAGUGCAAUUGCAGCUAUAAAGUGCGUCAUUAAAACGACCUUCGCAAGAAAGAAGGACAAGGGAGAACCGUGAAUGGACGUACGUAGGAGAGCCGCAAGUGCUGCAAUUGCCAUUUGCACCGCUUGAGUUACACUCGUUCACGAGGGUCCUGCCGUUAGAGGCGCAAGACCCGCAGGAAGAACCGUGAGAACAGUCGGAAGAGUUGCCGCUAUCAUUGAAGGUCGAAAGGAAGCCGGGGGCACUAAUGUUUAGUAUUGGGGGGGGAAUGGGGAGAAGAAGCGUACUUGGAGCAAGAACAGCUGCUGGAGCCGCAAGCGGAGUUGAGAGCCUAUGUGUCAAGGUUAGGCGAUGAGCGAAGAUGGGGACGUACUCAAAGUAGAUAAGAUACGUACGGUGUAAGAAAAAACAGCCAUUGUGGAUUGCUAGUUGUAAGAUUUGUUUGGUUGGUUCAGUAAUGAGAGCUAGGAAUUGGUUGAUGAGAUACGAGAAACUCCUUUCAUGAAGA